AUGGCCAGGGGCGCGGAGCGAGGCCGCGGGGGCUCCGGCUGGGGGCUGCGGGGCGCGCUGGCGGCGGUGGCGCUUCUGUCAGCGCUCAAUGCUGCGGGCACCGUGUUCGCGCUGUGUCAGUGGCGCGGGCUGAGCGCAGCCGUGCGGGCGCUGGAGGCUCAGCGCGGCCGGGAGCAGCGCGAGGACAGUGCGGUGCGCUCCUUCCUGGCUGAGUUGAGUCGCGCGCGGCGAAGGGCGCCCGCGCCACCCCCGGACCCCGCCAGCGCCGCGCGCAACAAGCGCAGCCACAACGGGGAGCCCGCGCCACACAUCCGCGCCGAGAGCCACGACAUGCUGAUGAUGAUGACCUACUCCAUGGUGCCGAUCCGAGUGAUGGUGGACCUCUGCAACAGCACCAAGGGCAUCUGCCUCACAGGACCCCCUGGCCCACCAGGACCUCCAGGAGUCGGUGGGCUUCCAGGACACAAUGGAUCAGAUGGACAGCCUGGUCCCCAGGGCCCAAAAGGAGAAAAAGGAGCAAAUGGAAAACGAGGAAAACUGGGGCCGCCUGGAACCACAGGAACUCCAGGGGAGAAGGGAGACCCUGGUGAGCUGGGCUUGACUGGAAAUGAGGGCCCAGCAGGGCCAAAGGGUGACAAAGGAGACAAAGGGGACGUGUCCAAUGAUGUGCUCCCCACAGGUGCUAAAGGUGACCAAGGCCCACCUGGACCCCCUGGACCCCCGGGCCCUCCAGGUCCCCCAGGACCGCCUGGAAGCAGAAGAUCUAAGGGCCCUCGGCAGCCAAACAUGUUCAAUGGCCAGUGCGCAGGUGAGACGUGUGCCACACCGAACGAUGGUACGUUGGUUGGAAAGGCUGAUGAGAAGGCCGGGGAUCACCAUUCUCUACCAGCAGAAUCUGUGAUCGCUUCCAUCGGGAGUCCAACACAAGUACUGAAAGUUAGAGAGACAUUUGGGACGUGGAUAAGAGAGUCUGCGAACAAGAGUGAUGAGAGGAUCUGGGUGACGGAACAUUUCUCAGGCAUCAGGGUGAAGGAAUUCAAAGACCAACCCUCACUGCUGAACGGCAGUUACGCACUCGUGCAGCUGCCGUAUUAUUUCCAUGGCUGCGGGCAUGCCGUUCACAACAACUCUCUCUACUACCACAAAGGAGGUUCCAACACCAUAGUGAGAUUUGAUUUUGGCAAAGAAACAUCCCAAACUCUGAAGCUUGAAAAUGCCCUGUAUUUUGAUCGAAAAUACCUCUUUGCAAAUUCCAAGACUUACUUCAACUUAGCUGUGGAUGAAAAGGGUCUUUGGAUUAUCUAUGCUUCGAGUGUGGAUGGCUCGAGCAUUCUCGUCGCCAAGCUGGAUGAGAGGACAUUCUCUGUGGGGCAACACAUCAAUACCACGUACCCCAAAACCAAGGCUGGCAAUGCCUUCAUUGCCCGGGGGAUCCUUUAUGUCACAGACACCAAAGACAUGAGGGUAACAUUUGCUUUUGAUUUGUUAGGAGGGAAACAGAUCAAUGCUAACUUUGAUUUAAGAACUUCCCAGUCUGUUCUUGCCAUGUUAUCAUAUAAUAUGAGAGACCAGCAUUUAUAUUCGUGGGAAGAUGGCCAUUUAAUGCUUUAUCCUGUGCGGUUUUUGUCAUCUACAUUAAACCAGUGAAGAGAGGCAUCCUGUUCCCCCUCAGCAACUUUCAGAUUUCUCUGGCAUCAUUUAUAUCCCAACAUAAAUCUUGUCUGUAGAGUAACCAGGUACUUAGCUGUCAUAAUCUCAUGACAUGAGUGUUGAUACGGUCAGGGAAUCCCCUUUACGUUCAGAUUCCUUAGGGUGAAAUAGCAAAGACGAAGUCAAAAUGGCUGAGAUUUUGUGAUUUCUCCACAGACUAGCUGGCCAACUUACCCCUCCCUCGUUAGGCCUUGUUUUUCCGACUGGUAAUAGGCAAGGCCUGGCGAAGAUGAUUGGCAAGAAUUCCUCCACCUGUAGGAAACUCCAUGAUUCUCGCUGUUGCUCCCCUCCCAGCGGUUAUACAUUUGGUUUUGGA